UCUAGUGAGGGGCAGGGCUGGCAUUCAAAUCCAAGUCCAGGACCCUUCUAAGCAGCUUGCCUCGGGCGGCUGCCAUCAUGGUGGGUGGGGCUGAUGUGAUUAUGAUCCAGGGACUGGACUUGAGCUCACAUCUGGUGGUCCCCUUCUCCCGUGCUCCUGGGCACGAGCGUUCGAUAAAGGAUUUUUGAUCUAGGUGGUAAGUGUAGGGCUCAUGAUUGGCAGAAGAGCAAAUGAUCAUCGUGGAGCUGGGGCAUAACCGACCCUGGGGAGGCAUUUUACACCGGUAGCCAGGGGUCAGGCGAUAGAGAGGAGGUGGGUGGAAUGAAGUCCGGGCGGAGAGCGGCUAGCCCCGGCACUCCAAAGGGUUAAAGCCGGGCAGGAAAGCCCCUGGGGGGAGCUACCACCAAAGGCUGCAAUCCGGCGGCCUUCACCUCCCCCACCAGCGGGGACUAGACGGGCGGAUUGGACUGGUUCCUCUGGGAUUAUCUGAGGCCCCUGGGCCGAGAUGAGCCGCCGGGAGGGACGGAAGCCCAGGUACCGCACAACCCCGCCUUCCUGUGGGGCUCAGGAAACUAGGCGUCGUGGGGAUCAGCGCUCUGGCCCCUGACAGAAGCGAUUCUGGCCCAGGCACGCUUUGGGAGUGAGAGGUGUUGAGCCCCACGCCUGGGGGAUGCUCAGAGAAAGGUGGGAACGGAGCCCAUGCAGAAAGUGGGGCCUGCGCCAAGGUGGGGCAGUGAGCUCUCCAACCUCCCCAUCCAGCACCGCCAGGGAUGGGGGGACUGCCUCAGGAAGAGAAACAUCUUGCAGGUCCAGAAAGCCCCAAAGUCUACGCACUCAUCCAAGGCCAGUUUCUGGGCUCCAGCGAUGCUCCCCUACCCCUAUCCUCAAGCCUGGCCAUAGACUUUCUUCCUUAGGUCUUUCUAUCUAAACCUCCCCAGCCCCUCCCCCGCCCCAAACUCUUUGGAAAUCUUUCAACUUUCUUUCAAGUUUUCCCUGGGCAGAUUGGGGUCUGUUUCAGAACUAGGUCUGGGCGCUUUAACGCGCCCAGCUGGGUAGAGCGGAGGAGACAAUAGCUGCUAUCACUUUACCAUUGGAAGUGACCCCCGAAUUUGCACUUCUUUCAUCUUGGGACCAGAGCACUUGAGGGUGGGCGAUUUCCUGGGGGGAGUGGCUUAAGCCUCUUCUCCACCGGCCAGUUGGCUGUAGACGGUCCAUGCUCAAUGGUCCACUACAGAUACGAAGCCAGUUCUGGAGUGAGGGUAGCGCUCGGCUGGGGACGCUGCCGCAGGGUGACUUAAAUGUCCCAAGCUGGAAGCUGGAGAAAGAAGUGGACGCCCCCAGGGCUCUGGGCCACCCUCGAGGAUGACGUCUCGGGAGCAGCUGGUACAGCAGGUGUUGCAGGAGCUGCAGGAGGCCGUGGAGUCCGAGGGCCUGGAGGGUCUCGUGGGUGCUGCUCUGGAGGCCAAGCAAGUCCUGUCGUCCUUCACCCUCCCCACCUGCCGAGAGGGGGGUUCCGGCCCCCAGGUGCUGGAGGUGGACUCCGUGGCGCUGAGCCUGUACCCGGAGGACGCUCCCCGGAACAUGCUGCCGCUGGUGUGCAGAGGCGAGGGCAGCCUGCUGUUCGAGGCCGCCAGCGUGCUGCUGUGGGGCGAUGCGGGCUUCAGCCUGGAGCUGCGGGCCCGCACGGUGGUGGAGAUGCUGCUGCACCGGCAUUACUACCUCCAGGGCAUGAUCGACUCCAAGGUGAUGCUGCAAGCCGUGCGCUACUCCCUGCGCUCUGAGGAAUCCCCCGAGAUGACCAGCCUGCCAUCCGCCACGCUGGAGGCCAUCUUCGACGCGGACGUCAAGGCCACCUGCUUCCCCAACAGCUUCUCCAACGUGUGGCACUUGUACGCCCUCGCCUCCGUCCUGCGCCGCAACAUCUACUCCAUCUACCCCAUGCGAAACCUCAAGAUCCGGCCCUACUUUAACCGCGUCAUCCGGCCCCGCCGCUGCGACCACGUGCCCGCCACGCUGCACAUCAUGUGGGCCGGCCAGCCCCUCACCAGCCACCUCUUCCGCCACCAGUACUUUGCCCCCGUGGUGGGGCUGGAGGAGGUGGAGGCCGAAAGUGACCCCGGCCUGCCCCCAGCGCCUCCAGCCCUGGCCCCGCUGCCGCCACCCGCCAAGACCCUGGCGCUGCUCAACCAGGAGCCCGGCCUCAGCUACUCCCACCUCUGCGAGCGCUAUAGCGUCACCAAGAGCACCUUCUACCGCUGGCGGCGGCAGUCCCAGGAGCACCGGCAGAAGGUGGCCACGCGCUUCUCCGCCAAGCACUUCCUGCAGGACAGCUUCCACCGCGGGGGCGUCGUGCCGCUGCAGCAGUUCCUCCAGAGGUUCCCCGAGAUCUCCCGCUCCACCUAUUACGCCUGGAAGCAAGAGCUCCUGGGCUCUGGCACUUGCCAGGCCCUGGCCCCCAAGGAGGUGCAGGUGCUGGAGGAGCUGGAGAAGCUGCCGGACGAGCAGAUCGCCAAGGGGCUGGGAUGCUCGUCGCUGGCCGUGUCGAGCCCUGGCAUGAUCUUAAUGCAGCGGGCCAAGUUGUACCUGGAGCACUGCAUCUCCCUGAACACACUGGUACCCUAUCGCUGCUUCAAACGCAGGUUCCCCGGCAUCUCGCGGUCCACCUACUACAACUGGCGCCGGAAGGCCCUCCGAAGGAACCCCGGCUUCAAGCCGGCGCCGGCCCUCUCCACGGCCGGGGCUCCCCAGCCAGCGUCUGUUCCGGAGGAGGCCCUGCUCCCUUGGAAGGGUGAGGUGGGAGAGGGGCCGGGCCAAGCGACUGCGGGGGGACCGCCCGCCCCCCGUGAGCUCCUGCCCCCAAAGGUGCCCCUGUCCCGUUGGCAGAGGCGUCUGCGCAGGGCCGCCCGCAAGCAGGUGCUGAGCGGGCACCUCCCUUUCUGUCGCUUCCGCCUCCGCUACCCCAGCCUGUCGCCCUCUACCUUCUGGGUCUGGAAGAGUCUUGCCCGGAGUUGGCCCAGAAGCCUGUCCAAAUUCCAGAUGCAGGCCCCCAGCUUGGGCAAAGAAGGGAUGGAAGCUGAGGAGAAGCAGGAGAAAGAAGCCUGCAGGGAUGUGACCGCUGUGACGGCCCCUCCUGUGGGAGACCCCCCGCGGGUGGGGUCUUCUCCAGGAGACGAUCCGGGGAAAGCCCAGGGAGGGCCUUCCAGAGAGGGGGCCACGGCCCAGGGCCGGCCCCACAGCAGCCUCCCUGUGACCGAGGCGGCAGCGGGUGGCAGGGACGGCCAAGUGCUGGUGAUGGACAUGCUCGCCACCACAAAGUUCAAGGCCCAGGCCAAGCUGUUCUUGCAGAAACGCUUCCAGUCUAAGAGUUUCCCCUCCUUCAAGGAGUUCAGCGCCCUCUUUCCCCUCACUGCCCGCUCUACCUACUACAUGUGGAAGCGGGCACUCUACGAUGGCCUCACGCUGGUUGAUGGCUGACAAGGAGGUGUGAAGGGGGCUGGGAGGAGAGGGGACCCCUUUGCAGAGGGUCAGGGACCUAAGUUGACGCCUGGCCUGGCCAGGAUGCCCUUUGCUCUGGCUCCCACAGUGUCUGCCUUGACUCCAAGGGCAGCUUUGCGUUGUUUCUUGGCUCUACGGCAGACAGAGCCCGACAUCAGCCCUCUGGUCUCCUGUGGAGAGCUGCCAGACCAGAAACGUUCUCCAUUUCAGUUGUUUGCCAUUCUUGCUUUUUAUUGUUGUCUUGGUUUUAGUUUUUUUUUUGUUUUGAUUCAAGUGGAUUGGCUGGGCCCCCUGGCUGGUGUUGGAAACUGUAUGUUUGGGGUGGGGGUUUGGUUAGCUGAAGUUGCUUUCAGCUCUUCCUGGGGACGAAAGAAGUAUUGUAACAUGGCGAUCUGUCCCAUUAAGCAGAAUGUAGGUCUUCAGUUUCUUUUGGGGGUUGGCACCCUCCUUACUCAAAGCUGUUUCCCAAAGGAACAUUAGAAAUCAAACGUGGAGCAGGUCAGUGGCUUCUCUCUGGUGCCCCCAAAGGAGAGGGUGCCGGGCUCAGCAUGAGACGUGAGGGCAUACAGGAAGAACCUCUAGGGGAAGGCCCUGGACUGGAUCACGGAGGUGCCGGCCUGUCCCUUGCAAGGAGUGUGGUAAGGGGCUGGGGGAGGUGGCUUCGAGUUUCUGCUGGUGCUUGGCCCGUCUGCUGUGGACGCUUCAGUCCUCUGCCAGCCUGGUUGGCUCUUGGGGACCCUUGUCUUUCUGUUGAGUCCCUCCUCGGAGCCUGUGCCCCAUCAGUGAGAGACCAUACGGUGGCCAGGCAGGCGAGUAACUGAAUUUGCAUUGUCCAAGAGUCGAGUUGGAAAACCAAAGAAAUAAAGUGAUGUGGUGCCCAUA